GUGCGGGGAAACCGCUUUGACUCCUCACCGCUCACUUACGCCCAGGCGGACUGGCAGCCCUAAGCGUCGCCGUCAUGCCCGCCGGACCCGUGCAGGCGGUGCCUCCACCGCCGCCCGCGGCCACCGAGCCCAAACAGCCCACAGAAGAAGAAGCAUCUUCUAAAGAGGAUUCUACCCCUUCCAAGCCAGUGGUGGGGAUUAUUUACCCUCCUCCAGAGGUCAGGAAUAUCGUUGACAAGACUGCCAGCUUUGUGGCCAGAAAUGGACCUGAAUUUGAAGCUAGGAUACGACAGAACGAGAUCAACAACCCCAAGUUCAACUUCCUGAACCCCAACGAUCCUUACCAUGCCUACUACCGCCACAAAGUCAGCGAGUUCAAGGAGGGGAAGGCUCAGGAACCCUCGGCUGCCAUCCCCAAGGUCAUGCAGCAGCAACAGCAAGCCACCCAGCAGCAGCUGCCCCAGAAGGUCCAAGCCCAGGUGAUCCAAGAAACCAUCGUGCCCAAAGAACCCCCUCCUGAAUUCGAGUUCAUCGCAGACCCUCCCUCCAUCUCGGCGUUCGACCUGGACGUGGUGAAGCUGACGGCUCAGUUUGUGGCCAGAAAUGGGCGCCAGUUUCUGACCCAACUGAUGCAGAAAGAGCAACGCAACUAUCAGUUUGACUUCCUUCGUCCCCAACACAGCCUUUUCAACUACUUCACGAAGCUGGUGGAACAGUAUACCAAGAUCUUGAUUCCACCCAAAGGCUUAUUUACUAAGCUCAAGAAAGAGGCAGAGAACCCCCGGGAAGUUUUGGACCAGGUGUGUUACCGAGUGGAGUGGGCCAAGUUUCAGGAGCGUGAGAGAAAGAAGGAAGAGGAGGAGAAGGAGAAGGAGCGGGUAGCCUAUGCUCAAAUUGACUGGCAUGAUUUUGUGGUGGUAGAAACGGUGGACUUCCAACCCAAUGAGCAAGGGAACUUCCCUCCCCCCACCACCCCAGAGGAGCUGGGGGCCCGAAUCCUCAUUCAGGAGCGCUAUGAGAAGUUUGGGGAGAGUGAGGAAGUUGAGAUGGAGGUUGAGUCUGAUGAUGAGGACGAGAAACAGGAUAAGGCGGAGGAGCCUCCUUCCCAGCUGGACCAGGACACCCAAGUGCAAGACAUGGAUGAGGGUUCAGAUGAUGAAGAGGAAGGGCAGAAAGUGCCACCACCUCCGGAGACACCCAUGCCACCUCCUCUGCCCCCGACCCCAGACCAGGUCAUUGUCCGGAAGGACUAUGACCCCAAAGCUUCCAAGCCCCUGCCUCCAGCCCCAGCUCCAGAUGAAUAUCUUGUGUCCCCCAUCACUGGGGAGAAGAUCCCUGCCAGCAAAAUGCAGGAACACAUGCGCAUUGGGCUUCUUGACCCCCGCUGGCUGGAGCAGCGAGAUCGCUCCAUCCGUGAGAAGCAGAGUGAUGAUGAGGUGUAUGCACCAGGUCUGGAUAUUGAGAGUAGCUUGAAACAGCUGGCCGAGCGGCGUACCGACAUCUUUGGUGUAGAGGAAACAGCCAUUGGUAAGAAGAUCGGUGAGGAGGAGAUCCAAAAGCCAGAGGAAAAGGUGACCUGGGAUGGCCACUCCGGUAGCAUGGCCCGGACCCAGCAGGCUGCCCAGGCCAAUAUCACCCUCCAGGAGCAGAUAGAGGCCAUCCACAAGGCUAAGGGCUUGGUGCCAGAAGAUGAUACCAAAGAGAAGAUUGGCCCCAGCAAGCCCAAUGAAAUCCCUCAGCAGCCACCACCUCCUUCUUCAGCCACCAACAUCCCCAGCUCAGCCCCACCCAUUACCUCGGUGCCCCGGCCCCCUGCGAUGCCGCCUCCUGUCCGUACCACAGUUGUGUCUGCAGUACCUGUCAUGCCCCGGCCCCCAAUGGCAUCAGUGGUCCGACUGCCCCCUGGCUCGGUGAUCGCCCCUAUGCCACCCAUCAUCCAUGCGCCCAGAAUCAACGUGGUGCCCAUGCCUCCCUCUGCCCCUCCUAUUAUGGCACCCCGCCCACCACCCAUGAUUGUGCCAACAGCCUUUGUACCCGCACCACCUGUGGCACCUGUCCCAGCCCCAGCCCCAAUGCCACCUGUCCAUCCCCCACCUCCCAUGGAAGAUGAACCUGCCUCCAAGAAACUGAAGACUGAAGAUAGUCUCAUGCCUGAGGAAGAGUUCCUACGCAGAAACAAGGGUCCAGUGUCCAUCAAAGUCCAAGUGCCCAACAUGCAGGAUAAGACUGAAUGGAAGCUUAACGGACAGGUGCUGGUCUUCACCCUUCCACUCACAGACCAGGUCUCUGUUAUCAAGGUGAAGAUUCAUGAAGCCACGGGCAUGCCAGCAGGGAAACAGAAGCUACAGUAUGAGGGCAUUUUCAUCAAGGAUUCCAACUCGCUGGCUUACUACAACAUGGCCAAUGGUGCCGUCAUCCACCUGGCCCUCAAGGAGAGAGGCGGGAGGAAGAAGUAGAAGAGAGAAACCUACUGUCAGGUCCCACCACUGCCGUUUUGCCUCUCUUGUGUCCCCUGUCAUCGUCGUCGUUCCCCCCCUCCCCUCACCCUGUCCCAGACUCAGGAGACCCUGCCUUGCACAUUUGUUUCCCUCUUAUUAAGUUUGGAAAUUCAAACUGUCCUACAGAGUAUUCUCCUCCCGUCCCCCCCAAUUGAUAGAAUAAGAGAGGAUUUUCUCAGCCAUUCUCCUCCCCAGUGGUCCCUGGAAUCCCUUUGUGUUCAGGUCUUGAUUUGAGGGGAUUCAUUUCUCAAAGCAGCCCAUUAAGAAAUGUGAACCCAGGGAUGUCCUGUGAAUAUUAUCGUAGUGCCAGAGUGGCGCUUGCCUGGUAGACUGUGGUUGUUAUCAUCAUCCUUGAUCAUUUUGUGUCUUACCAUCGGCUAAUAAACCUCUUGGACCCUUCUUGUGAAA